AUGUCGGCUCGCUUGCAUACACCUGGUGCAUUCACUUCUCCUCUCUUUGAAUUCCGUCAACGACCUGGGCAGAUCUAUGAUGAGCUCACGCAAUUAUUCAAAGAUAUGGGACCUACUGCAAUCGCGAAUGCGGAGUAUGGUAUUGACUUCUUUCGUGAAAAGUACGGCGACGAAUGGUCGACACAUUUUUGCUAUGUUGAUAGCGAAUCACAAGAGUUCUCCGGCAACUUGUUCGGAGAGAUUCUGGGCGAUAUUCAUGGCACUGCAUUCGCGUCUGUGAAGGAAAUCGUCAAGGAACUAGUAUCCAAUCGACCCCUUGACGCCAUAACGCUUACAGGCCCUUUGUUAUACGCGGUUCCCCAAGGAGAACGAAAGUCGGGUUCGAAGAAAAAUACUGAAAUAGAUUAUGUCGCGUCGAAACUCAAGAAGCGCAAACUCAAUAAACUCUCUGACGCUGAGGAAGAACUGGCCGCGGGUUCUUACCAUUCUAACCACGUGGAUUUGGGUUUCCCUCCUGACGCUAGCAUCACAGUUGGGGCACAGUAUGAUUACAAAUUGAUGCCAGAUUAUGGGGGGAAAGUAUUCGCAUUCAAUAAAGCACGAUUGAUUCAACCUGAUUGGCGCAAACUCGACGGCGAUUUGAUAGUUCCUUGGAGAAAUUACCUGCAACUGAGGCCGGGGACCGUGGUCGUUGCGAACGUUAGUUUUAGACUGCAUGUACUGCAACCGAAGGAUAAAAGGCAAUGUAAACGCAAAGUUUAUCAAGCUGUCAUCAACUAUCUGAAAGUUGUUGCUGAAUCCGAUAUAUCGGUCUUGAGCCCGGUUCCCCCCUUCGCCAAUGGGAUUCAUACCAAUCGUGACAUCCCCCCCGCUGAUGGCUCCGCAAUCUCUGUGCUACGAUCGAUUGGUACUAUCCGUGUUCCGUCGAGGGUGGGAAAUGUCUUUGCCGCUGGACAGUUCAGUUCUUCAUCGAAAGAGACUCCUGUUUCUGCUAAACGCAUGCGCCGAUCGCCGACGUAUACGUCCAGACCUUCUGCGGAUACAUAUGUCGGACAGGACGAUCGAGUCGAAGAUUCGGAAGAUAUGUUUACUUUGGGAGACAUGGAUUUGAACGGCGUUGAAUACGAUACCCAUAUGGCCAUCGAGAAAGAUGAUGUUGAUUAG